AUGAUAGAAUUGCAAUCUCUAUUAGUUUUUUUCCUUUAAAUAUUAUUAAUUGGAGCAAUAUUAUAUAUAAUAUUUUGCGCUGACCCGAAUUCAAAUUCAAUAUUAGGAAAAUUAAAUCGUUUAUUAUUCAGAAUUAUACCAUAAAUAUACAACAAACAUAAAUUUGGAAAAUUAAUAAUUUUAGUUGAUAUUUGUGUUAAUUUUUUUAACUAUUUAUGUUAUACAAAUCAUCCUUUAGUUUAGAUUUUUUAUUUACUUAUUUCUGUCGGAGGAUUUAUUUUAUAUUGGAUUUAUGGAUUAAAUGUACAUUUUCCAAAUAGUUAAGUAUCCGAUAUACAUAUUGUAACAUUACCUAUAGUUGCAAUUGUUAGUUUUUAUACAUAUUAUUUAAUAUGUGCAGUUCCUCCUGGUUAAAUAACUUAAUAAAACGUAAAAGAAUAUGUAAAAAAAUAUUAACCUUUUUAUGAUUAAAUACUAUAUGAUAAAAAAAAUACCUGUUCAACAUGUAAAAUAUUAAAACCAGCAAGAUCUAAACAUUGUAAAAUUUGUAAUAUUUGUGUACCUAAAUUUGACCACCAUUGUAUUUGGGUUAGAUAGUGUGUAGGAUAAAAUAAUUAUAAAUAUUUUCUAUUAUUUAUUGGUAGUCAUGCUUUUUUUACUGUUUAUGGAUUUAUUGCAGGGGCAUUUUGCAUUUAUGGAAUCAUUUUUGAUAGGAAUUUACAUAAUGCGGUAUUUACUAUACCUGGGUCUAAUUAAUAUUAUGAAAGCUCAUGGAUUAUUAUAAUUUAGGUAUUAAUUUAUUUUUAUAAUAUAAAUAUUUAUAUUUUAUAGUUCAUUUUCUUUAAAGAAACAGUUUUUGUUUUUAUGAUUAUUUUAUGCUUUAUUAUGGGAUUAGCAUUAAGUAUUUUCUUUUUUUAUCAUUUAAGUUUGGUAAAGGCUAAUACUACUUCUGGCGAAAAAAUGAAAAGAAGUUGUUUUAUUGAAUAUUUUGAAAAUGAAAUAUAUAAUUUGGGGAAGAAUAAAAAUGAAUCAGAGGAGAAAUAAAAAGAAAAUAAUGAUAAAAUAAUUAGAUAUAAAGAAAACAUUAAAAUUAUAAAAAAUUAAAUGGAAACAGAUAAAAAUUUUUGGAAACUUUUAAAGGAAGUUUUUAGAUCUUGA